AACUCCGGCGCCAGUCAGGUUGUGGGGUGGGGGCGGCGGAGAGCGCAGGCGCAGAGUCCGCGCCGGCGGCGCCCCUCUCCCUCCGCACUACUCCGGGCAGCGCCCGCCUCGAUUUUCCCAGGCGAGGGCACGCCCGCGUCAGUCGCCUCCGGGGCACCUUCCUCGCCACGACACGCAGGUAACCGGGCCCCGGGAGCCGGUCGGCGGCGGCGGACUGGGACCUUGAUCCUGCCUGCCCGGCCGCCUGACAGGGGAAUGAGAGCGGACCCCGAACUCCACACACCCGCGUUUAGCCGCCACACCUAAGGGGCAGAACAGUCUUUUUGGGUAAGGGCCGGGCUGGGGGCGACGUGCCCCGCCCGCUUUGCAGACUUCGGGGUGCUCUGCACGACGCCUGAAAGGCCGCGGGGCCCGCAUUUCUCUGUGCUGCCCUCCUGGAGAACCGGGACACGGGGACGGGAGGGCCAGCAUCGGCUACGGCCCGAUUUCCCGUUUCUUUCCGCUGUCGCGUGUCUGGGCCCUCCUGCAGCGUCCAUGAUGAAGGCCAGGGGCUGUUGCUUUCCUCUCGCCCAGUAGCCAACCCAAGCAAGCGGAAUUGAUUAUCUGAAGAAAUGGAUACUUCUCCCUCCAGAAAAUAUCCAGUUAAAAAACGGGUGAAAAUACAUCCCAACACAGUGAUGGUGAAAUAUACUUCUCAUUAUCCCCAGCCUGGCGAUGAUGGAUAUGAAGAAAUCAAUGAAGACUAUGGAAAUUUUAUGGAGGAAAAUCCAAAGAAAGGUCUGCUGAGUGAAAUGAAAAAAAAAGGAAGAGCUUUCUUUGGAACCAUGGAUACCCUACCUCCACCAACAGAAGACCCAAUGAUCAAUGAGAUUGGACAAUUCCAGAGCUUUGCAGAAAAAAACAUUUUUCAAUCCCGAAAAAUGUGGAUAGUGCUGUUUGGAUCUGCUUUGGCUCAUGGAUGUGUAGCUCUUAUCACUAGGCUUGUUUCUGAUCGGUCUAAAGUUCCAUCUCUAGAACUGAUUUUUAUCCGUUCUGUUUUUCAGGUCUUAUCUGUGUUAGUUGUGUGUUACUAUCAGGAGGCCCCCUUUGGACCCAGUGGAUACAGAUUACGACUCUUCUUUUAUGGUGUAUGCAAUGUCAUUUCUAUCACUUGUGCUUAUACAUCAUUUUCAAUAGUUCCUCCCAGCAAUGGGACCACUAUGUGGAGAGCCACAACUACAGUCUUCAGUGCCAUUUUGGCUUUUUUACUCGUAGAUGAGAAAAUGGCUUAUGUUGACAUGGCUACAGUUGUUUGCAGCAUCUUAGGUGUUUGUCUUGUCAUGAUCCCAAACAUUGUUGAUGAAGACAAUUCUUUGUUAAAUGCCUGGAAAGAAGCCUUUGGGUACACCAUGACUGUGAUGGCUGGACUGACCACUGCUCUCUCAAUGAUAGUAUACAGAUCCAUCAAGGAGAAGAUCAGCAUGUGGACUGCACUGUUUACUUUUGGUUGGACUGGGACAAUUUGGGGAAUAUCUACUAUGUUUAUUCUUCAAGAACCCAUCAUCCCAUUAGAUGGAGAAACCUGGAGUUAUCUCAUUGCUAUAUGUGUCUGUUCUACUGCAGCAUUCUUAGGAGUUUAUUAUGCCUUGGACAAAUUCCAUCCAGCUUUGGUUAGCACAGUACAACAUUUGGAGAUUGUGGUAGCUAUGGUCUUGCAGCUUCUCGUGCUGCACAUAUUUCCUAGCAUCUAUGAUGUUUUUGGAGGGGUAAUCAUUAUGAUUAGUGUUUUUGUCCUUGCUGGCUAUAAACUUUACUGGAGGAAUUUAAGAAGGCAGGACUACCAGGAAAUACUAGACUCUCCCAUUAAAUGAAUACCUGAUUAUUAUUGUCUCAUUAAUGUUCAGUUAUUAAUAUGUAUACUGCCAUUUUAAUGUUUACCUAUGAAUGUCUUUUGUGUUAUAUAAUUGACAGAGUGCUAUAUAAUAUAUAAUAUAUACAAAUGCAGAAAAUUUAUUCUAGUCUAAUAUAUUCAAAUACAAAUAUUAAAUAUAAGAAAUACGUUAUGAA